CACCGUCGUAUAUAGCGCGUAAGCUAUAAUCAUAAUCAUCCUCCUGUCCGUCGUUAUGUAACUUAAGUAUUUUCUUUUCCUCUCACUUUCUCUCCUCCUUUUUUAUUUUUUUAUCAUUUGAUUCUUAUUUUUCCGUUGAAGUGUCUCCAGAAUAUCGUGGAAUUAACAUAUCUAAUACGUUAUUAUAGAUCCCACGUCGAAGACACCACAACCGAACCGACGGGUCCACGGCGUAGUCAAGGUAAUUAAUUUCCGACCAUAAUUCAAUAUUGGCCUGUGAUCCGAUUACGCAUCUUCCUCUUUCUCUUCCGACAUCGUUCGGCCAUCGUCGGUUAUCCCGUUAUUAGGCCAAUUAGCUUAAAACGUUUGUUUUAUCGUUACGACGUAAAGGAUCACCUAAUCGGGAAUAUAUAAUCACAAUCAUACGCUGAAUCCUCCAACAGCAAUAAUUUAGCACAUGCUUGUGCGUGUGUAUGUGUUAGUAUCGCGUGGAAAACGCGACAACAAGAGCGACACGAACAAGAACAGUCCAAGUAAAUGAGAUAAUCGCAAAUCCGCAGAUGGACUACUCGUACUUGAACCAGGCCAACUUCGACGGGCUGACCGGCAGCUCGGUGGCCGGCAACAUGGAUCACGGGGCCAUGGGUUACGGCGAUCUGUCCGCGUGCGGACAGAUGACGCAUGCCGCGUACCGGUUCGGACCUACCGCUGCCGCUGCGUCCAUGGCGGCCCGGUCGUACAACACGGCCAUGGGCCAUCAUCUGUCGGCCGCAGCCGCUGCGGUAGCUGGCAACGGUCAUCACAAUGCCGUGACGUCUUCAGCUAGGGCCGCGGCUGCCCAUCAUGCAGCUCAUCACCAAGAUCAUUCCGGCAGACCGACCAUGUUCUCGACGGCUAUGAACUUGCCAGGUGGUUUGGCGGCAUACAAAAGUCUUCCAUACACAACCCACGACAGUAUUCUCACCGAAAAACGAAAACAGCGAAGAAUACGGACUACUUUUACUUCAGCGCAGCUGAAAGAAUUGGAAAGAGCUUUUCAGGAGACCCAUUACCCCGAUAUAUAUACAAGAGAAGAAAUAGCGAAACACAUAGAGCUUACAGAAGCCAGAGUUCAGGUGUGGUUUCAAAACCGACGGGCAAAGUUUCGAAAACAAGAAAGGUUAGCCCAACAAAAGUCGUCGUCGCAAUCACAAAACAGCAACAGCACGGUGGACGCGACCAGCAUAAAGACCGAACCCAAACAGUGCGGUCAACAAAUCAAGGAUAUUAAGCCCGGUACUCCUUCCACCCCCGGCAGCAUAUCGUCCAACAAUGGGUCCACCGACAUGAAAUCCAUUAACGGAUCAGGCAUUAAAAUGUCAGAACAAUCGGAAGGGGUGAACAACAACAAAUGGCUGCUGGGACAGGGCCAGAGCUACACGCAGCUUCAUCAUCAGCUUCAACAACAACAACAACAAUGCGGCGGCGGUGGUGACGGAGGCGGUGGAAGUGGCGGCGGAUCCGGUAACAAUUCGCCGACCUCUUCGUCUUCGGCGCACAAAAGCGUCUCUAUCGUGAUGAACGGAACCCACAACAACAACCACAACAGCCAUAACAGCCAUAACCAUCAUCACCAUUCUCCGUCGUCACAACACCCUCACCAACAGUUCGCGCACCAUCCGUUCAGCCUACUAGGCGCCGGUAACCCGGCCGGUUACCUGCUGGGUUCCGAUUCGCUCAAAAUGACUGGCGGCGGUGGUGCCAACCAUUUGUUUUAGUCGGUUCCUUUCACGGAGCGUACAACGGUCAUGUUUCCGGCCAGAUCAAACAGCAGUACCGCAGCAUUUUCUUAUAUAGACUAAUCUGGAUUGGUAUAUGGUUUAAAUUUGAAAAUUAGACACCGAAUGCGACAAAUAUUUAAUAUUACAAUCUUUGGCAAAACCCCAAUUUCCAAAUAUGAACAAUAAAUUUGUUUUUUUUGCAUAUUAUAACGGAAACAUGUAAAGUGUUUGAGUAUUGAAUAACCUACCUUUGUAAACAUAGUAAUGAUUAAUAUUGUAUUGCACAUAGAUUUUAAUUGUGUU